GCGGAUAGGGUUGUGGGUGCCGUAGGAGGCGUGCCAGCGGGUGUGGUCGGGGCGUCGCAAGGUCCUGGUCGCGUUUCGUCGGUAUAUAAGGUGGCGAGGAGCAACCAGCGGCAGACCAGAUCUCAGACGCUCUACCGACGACAUGAAUCCUCUGGUGUUGGUGCCGCUGCUGGCUGCGGCCUGUGUCGCCGCUCCUGCGGAAAACUACGCGACCCACGUGGUGCAGCACGCCGCCGCGGUGGUGCCUCUCGCGGCCCACCAUGAGGUGACAGCACAUGUCCCUGUGGGAGUGGAGCACCAUACGGUGGGUAAGGCGGUGGCCGUGGCCCCCGCCGUGGUGCCCGCCGUGCCGGGCUACACCGUGGACGGAGAGGUGCGCCAUGUGACCCACGAUCUGCCCGAGCCUGAGAAAGUGGAAGUAGACGUGGACUCUCUCCCCGUUCUUGCCGCCCCCGCAACUUACGCAGGCCCAUACACCGUGCCCCACGCCCACCUCCCUUACGCCCUCCCCCACCACCAUGUUCAAGUCGCUCCUGCCCACGUAGCACCUGCAGCCAUCACUUACUCCAACGUCAAUCUCAACGUGCCCGCGCCUGUGCCCUCUGGAGACGCCCCUGCCCCAGAGGAACUGGUGCAGCGCAUCCCUGUCAAGGCUCUGGGCCGCCCAGAGGUGACCUACACACCUCAGGUGACUGAAGUCAGGCCGGAACUCAAAAUCAUCGAGAAGAGUUACGACGUGCCCGUGCCCAAGCCCGUGUACAAGACCCAGCACGUCACCCCCGUGCACCACAAGUACGUGGCUGAGCCCUACGCCGUGCCCCAGCCUUACGCCGUGCCCCAGCCCUACGCUGUGCCUCAGCCCUACCACGUGCACCACCAUGUUGCUGCCGCACCUGCCGUGCACGCGGUGCACGCCGCGCCUGCCGUGUAUGCUGCACCCACCAAAUGGUGAAGUGAUCGUCGUCGUCCAUCCCUGCGUCUCCCUCGGCAGGCUCGUCAGCACCACUGCCCCGCCAGUGGCUGAGUGACGCCGCCUGCCGCUGUAUUCGUAGCCAAAUUUAGCAGGCUUCUUUAGAGUCCAUGGCCCAAGACUGAAUGUAAAACAGAAUUUCCACUUUCAUUUGCAAUUAAAUCAUGAAUUUAUGACUCACA